AUGCGUGCAUCUCGUGCUGUGGCGGCUCUCGCUGCUGCGGCCCUAUCGGGAACAGCCUAUGCUCAGUGCGAAGAAGUUCAACCAGCACAGUAUGUUGGUACACCCUUCGACAGCAGCCUCGCAUCAACACAUGAUCGAUCCGUGAAGACAUUCUUCAAGAUAAGGGACCCAUCCGGACAGCAUGUUUGCACUUCUGAUGCCGCCGGAGACCUGAGUCUCUUGACCUUCCAAUCUCUCAACACCACUGGAGGGCGACCUGUCGAUGCCGACUUGAGGAGAGCUGUCAUCGUGAUACAUGGCGCAAGAAACGACCCAUGGAAUUACCAUGCAGCCAUGAUCCAGGCCUUGCAAAAGGUAGUCGAAGACACCACAAUCAGUUUGGACACGGUUGCUAUCACAGCACCAUACUUUCCGAACGACGAUGAUGCGGGCACCGGUUUUCCAUAUAACCCCGAUGGUGCUACCCCGGCUGAAAAAUACCCAUCGCCUGCUCUGGCUUGGUAUUAUGAUAACUGGUCGGGCGGUGCCAACAACGAGUAUCCUCCUAAUACACAGACCGUCUCCGGCUUCGACGUACUCGACCAGCUAAUCCAAUGGUACGGCAACAAGGAGCAGUUCCCGAACAUCAAUCAGAUAGUGGUCUCUGGUCACUCCAUGGGCGCUCAGAUGGUCAACCGAUUUGCUGCCGUAGGCAAAACCGGAGCCCAGCUUGGCGUUGAUACGCCAGUGAGCUACUGGAUCGGAGAUCCCAACAGCAUGGUCUGGUUUUCCGAAACUCGACCUCUUUCGACCGGCAAGUGUCCUACUGGCUUCGAUGACUGGCGCGAGGGCUUUGACAACUACGACUCUUACGGCACUCCAGAAUCAACCGCCAUGACAUACAACACCGAGUUGGUCGCUUCCGGCCGAGAAGCUCUUCUGGCCAAUUAUCAGAGCCGAACCAUUGCAUAUGCCCGAGCAACAAGAGACAAAGGCGACUACAACCCCGACAAGCUUUGUGCGACCUACACGACAGGUGCAGACCGUAGUGAAAGAUUUUUUGAGUUCCUCAAAACUUUCCCACCCAACUGCGCGAACCCUGCGGGACCUUGCGUCACUGUCGACAUUGUCAACUCCAGCCACGACGCACCCACCAUGUUUCAAGAUGUUUCUGGCCGCGCUCGUUUAUUCCGGGAUAACUGGGAUGGCACCGGAAGUCGUGCAUACGACUACGGCUACCCUCGUUAUGCAGAAUAUGACGACCCAUACCCCGACCCCGCGCUGAGCUCCCAGCCUCUAAUUGGAACGGAUACCAAAGUAUAUGCCGGUAACAAGGUGUAUAAGGGUUGCUGGACCGAUGUUGACAACGCGCAGAGUGUGGGGGCAUUGCCUGUGGCUGCUUACCUUGGCGCGGACAACUCCCGUGUCUACUGCUCAAACCUGUGCACCCAGCUGGGCUACACGAUCGCCGGCAUCAGCUGGCAGAAUUGUUAUUGCGGCAACGCGAUGGGCAGCCAAAGUACGCAAGUGGUCGAAACUUCUUGUGCUGGCGCGUGCCCAGCUGCAGGUGCAGUCGGAGCUUGCGGUGGUGCAAAUCGCCUUUCAGUAUUUUCUAGCGUUGGGCUCUAA